GCCAUAGAUCGAUCAUAGUGCCUUUUAUUAUUUGUUUUCGUAAAGUUUUCCAAAUGUUAAGGUGUACGAAAGACAUGGAAAACAUAACGUUAAGUCCGACGAUGAGCCAAAAGAUGAAAAAUCGAAAUGCUGCAAAUAAAAUUAGACACGGAUCUCCAAAAUUGCAAGAGGUCUUGAGAGAGAGGUGUCGACAAAGAAUGCGAGAGAAACGAGGACAGUUGUUUAACAAAGGUAGAUUUGGUUUGGAAAUCAAUUCCAGAGUUGUUCAAGAUACUUUGACUGGAAUCGUUCGUAAAGAAUUGAAUGACAUCGCGACCACAAGUGUAGAUCCAACUGUGAAUCCUUUUGCUUCUAUUGUAAGCGAACCUCUUGAUCCAGAAGAAGCACUUGAUCUUGAAGCUGAGAUACUCAAUGAAGAAGAACAAUGGAUUCUAGAAGAGUAUGAAAGAAUGACACAAGAAGAACUUGAAUUAUUAGCAUUGAUUGCAGAUCAAGGAAAUGACGAAGUCAUUUGUCCUAUAUGUCAGAAAUCUAAUUUAAUAGAAAAAGAAAAUAAAGUAGCUUGUAAAUCUUGUGGCUUUGCAUUCAGCAAUUGUAUCAGUGUGAAAGAAGUGGGAUAUCUCAUAACUAAUUGUGUAAAUGCACAUUUCACAGAAUGCAAAGAACCACCUGGUUUCUUACCAAUUUCUGAAAACAAUAUUACAUCCUUAUACCUGAUUUGUGAUAAAUGUUCUGUUUGCACACCAAUAAUAUAA